ACAAAUUGUCCAAUAAUCGAUUUUCACGAGUCACUCACUCACCACCGACCCGUGUCCCACCUGUUAAGAUACACAUAGUCAGACGAUUCAGGCCCAUUCCCAUACCUCACGACCAAUAACCAAAUAUACAUUCGUCCCAUCCUCGAUCUUAAUCCACUACAAACUCAAAACACAGUGUUGAGAGAGAGACGAUCAAAACAGCUUUUAUUUCAUCGUUGCAUAUAUGUAUAUUAUAUAUUUGUAUAAAGGUUAGUGCUUUGUUGGUGGCAGCACAUGAAAGAUGCGCACAAUCCUGUAUUGUUACUUCUUCGCAUCAUCUCGGUAGUGUACGCCCUAUUGGCCUCGUGUGCGCCGUUUGCGGAGGCUCCUAAGCUGCGCCCUCCUUUCUCCUCCAACGACACAAUCGCCACCACAACAGCAAUCGACAACGGUGAUAAAACCAUCAAUCUCUCAGAGAUCGGCGGCUCGAGCCUCGGGACCAUGUCCAAAGCUCGAGUCUACGCGGACGUCAAUGUCCUUCGCCCUAGAGAGUACUGGGAUUACGAGUCGCUCACCGUUCAGUGGGGAGAUCAAGAUGAUUAUGAGGUUGUUCGAAAGGUUGGAAGGGGAAAAUACAGUGAAGUUUUUGAAGGUAUAAAUGUCAACAGCAACGAGCGGUGCAUAAUUAAAAUCCUGAAACCUGUUAAGAAGAAAAAGAUAAAGAGAGAGAUAAAGAUACUUCAGAACCUCUGUGGGGGCCCAAAUAUUGUCAAACUUCUUGACAUUGUCAGAGAUCAGCACUCAAAAACUCCUAGCUUGAUAUUUGAGUAUGUAAACAGUACAGAUUUCAAAAUUCUGUAUCCCACAUUGACAGACUAUGACAUACGUUACUACAUAUAUGAGCUUCUCAAGGCAUUAGAUUAUUGUCACUCACAAGGUAUAAUGCAUAGAGAUGUCAAGCCUCACAAUGUUAUGAUAGACCAUGAGUUGCGAAAACUUCGCUUGAUAGAUUGGGGUCUCGCUGAAUUCUACCAUCCUGGCAAGGAAUAUAAUGUUCGUGUUGCUUCAAGAUACUUCAAGGGGCCUGAACUUCUUGUUGACUUGCAAGAUUAUGACUAUUCUUUGGAUAUGUGGAGCCUUGGUUGCAUGUUUGCAGGAAUGAUAUUUCGCAAGGAACCUUUCUUUUAUGGGCAUGACAACCAUGAUCAGCUUGUUAAAAUUGCGAAGGUACUUGGGACAGAUGAGUUGACUGCAUAUUUGAGUAAAUAUCAUUUAGAGCUUGAUCCUCAACUUGAUUCUCUUGUUGGGAGGCACAGCAGGAAGCCCUGGUCCAAAUUUAUUAAUGCUGAUAAUCAACAUCUAGUAUCUCCAGAGGCCAUUGAUUUCCUUGAUAAGCUUCUUCGUUACGAUCAUCAGGACAGGCUUACAGCAAAAGAAGCAAUGGCCCAUCCAUAUUUCUUUCAAGUGAGGGCUGCAGAGAGUAGCAGGAUGAGGACACAGUAGCAUCAUUUAAUUUGUAAAACGUACAUAAAACAGAACCGAUAUCAUAUGGGAAUGUAGUAUGUUUAUAGCUAUACGACCUUCUCCCUCAGUUGUGGAGAUUUAAGGUUGCACCCUCAUUUUAUUGUAUUAUGCUCAUCUUCUAUCUGUUUGAGAUAAUUCUAGAUGUCGACAUUUUGUCAUUAAUUAUUACAUCAAGUUAUGUAUUUUGUUGUUCUCAUCA